AGUCGCCUUUUUUCACGGAUACUUUAGAUGGAGGUCGCGUUUUUCUCGUCGGUCGCUAGUAGACGCCUGUGCCACGUCUCACUGGAAGACUCACGAUUAGCGGGACUGUUUGCGAACUGAAAUGGCCCUUUUUUUUUAAAAUUCUGUGUCUUAAUGCUGAUAAGAGGGCAAAACCGCUGGUCCGCCUGAAGCACUUGUUAACAUGUUUUACAGGGAGUGGUUGUCCAUUGUAUCUUAUUGAGGUCACCAGUUUUCUUCUUCCAUACUUUGUUACAUUCUGAGUAGGCAAUGGAUUUUAUUCAGUUGAGUGUUUGAGGUGAUUGCAUCCUUGUGGUUUCCUGAGUUUUAGAAAAGACAGGAUUUCAUCUCAGCAGGUCAUCAUUCUGACUGAGUCACAACUUAAAGAACCUUCGCAAAUGUGAAAAGGAGGGUGAAAAACUGAGGAUUACUCAAAUUUCGGAAAAAUGCAAACCUCGAAAAGCUAAACAGGAAUUUUCCAGUGAUUUGCUGUGUCUCCAUGACUCCAAUAAGCAACAGAGGUUGAAAAAAGUUCAGAACUUGACUGAAGAGGAAAAAACUAAAAAGGUGCAGAGGCUGAGAGAAAUAUCUACCAGGGAACAAACAUAUGAUAUCUGUCAACUAGACCAGAUAAGUAUCUGUCCGGAAAAGAACCAGCAUGCAGUCAUUCACUCUGUCCAAGAUUUGCAGAGUCCCCUGGCCGAGGAAUUAACUGUUGAGAGCUCUUCUCGUAAUGUGCCAGGGAAGAGACUAAACACUGAAUUAGGCUGCCUGAGUAAUUAUAAUGCUUAUUAUAAGUUGGACAAGUUACUCCAUAAACUGAAUUUGGACACAAAUGGGGAACAAGCAUCCUCUCUACGACACUUGAGGACUGAGUUAAACUUUGAGAAAAAUCUCUUUUUAAGCCACCUGCUUGAAGCUCACAAUUUGCUUCCUGUGGAAGGACAACCACAAUGCUUUAAAUCACCGACUGUGGGGGCUCUAUCCCCCAUUACACCUUAUUUAAAGUGUCAAUUGACAGGAACACCUGAAAUACUGGUAAAAAGAACUGUUUCAUCCAAUACCACAGCUGUUAAAGACAGUUUGGAUGAAGGCAUUGUGUCUCAUCGCUCUUUUCCAAGUGAAUAUUUCUUGAAAACUUCCUCCCCAAAAAAAUAUAAUGCAACUUCAGUGGAAUGUCUUAAGGAGUCUGCAUCAGUGACCUGGGAAGGUACCUCACAGAAUUCAGCAUUGGAGGCAGUGACUUCAAAGGCACCAUUCCAGGCCAAAUGCGUCCUCUCUGACAUGGACUGGUUGAAUGGCACAGACUACACUUACUUGGUAAAGCAAAAUGCUGAGCUGCUCCGAGCUUUAGAUGAGCUGGAAAAGUCUUGUACAUCCCUUCGACAGGAGAACAGCUUGCUGCGCAAGAGCUGCUCUCCUGAAACAGAGGAGAAGGUGAAAAGACUACAGCAGAAGAAUGCCGAGCUGGCAGUUAUAGCUAAGCGGCUAGAGGAGAGAGCUCGCAAGCUGCAGGAGGCCAAUCUCAAAGUGGUAAAUGCUCCCGCACUGGUCAAGGGUCCUGGAGUAGAACAAUACAAGAAGACUUUUGCCAGACAGCGUGCUAGGGACCUGGCAGCACAUGCUGAGACUCUUCUUGCCAAAGAUAAAGAAAUUGAAGCCCUGCGCCAGGAAUGCAGGGAGCUGCAGUUCUCAGGAAAAGGAAAGCAGGGUAUAUCAAUUCAUCCAGGACUGAAUGAUUUUGAGAGGCUUCUUAGAGAGUCACAGAAAGAAGUGCUGCGCUUACAACGUCAGCUGGCAGUAAGUUCUUCAAAUAAGUCCACAUCUGACCAUGGUCAGAGCAAGGCUGAGAUUUCAUCCCAAGAAGAAGAAGCAAACGGUUUUGUGGAAAAUAAUGGCGAAAUAACUCAGGAUCCAAUCAGAGGUCUGCCAGGCACCCAGCAAUUUCAGCAGCUGGAAACUGAGCUGAACAACAAAAGAAAAGAAUGUGAAAAACUUGAAAAUGAAGUAAGAAAAAGGCAGAAGAGAUGCCAGGAUUUGGAGAGUGAACUUGAAGAUGUCCGCAGUGAAAAUGCUGGACUAAGAGAAAAAACUGAGCACCUUAGCCAGAAGGCACAUCUCAUCGACCAGAUCCAGUUGGAGAACAAUGAGCUGAGAGAUCACCUCUCUGAAGUAACUGCCCAACGUAAUUCAGCUCUAGAGGAAAACCAGAGACUCCAAGCCAAACUGGAGAACCUAGAGCAGGUCCUACGGCAUAUGCGAGAGGUAGCUGAGAGACGUCAGCAGCUUGAGGCCGAGCAUGAAGAGGCAUUGUCAAUCCUUAAACUCAAACAGGAUGAGGUCAAACGGUUACAAAAGGCCCAGGCAGAGGCUAAGAAAGAACAUGAGGGUGUUGUGCAGUUACUCAAGGACUUGAUCCAGCUAGUGUUGCAGAGGGAAAUGGCAAAGGUGCGGGAACUGGAGGAAAAGUGUCGCAGUCAAAGUGAGCAGUUUGGGCUUCUUUCCCACGAGUUGGAGAGAUUCCGGCUACAAACUGGGAAGAUUGACGUCUUGACAGCUAACCCUGAAACAACAGCCUCAACUGAGUUAACCAUCCACUCUAAGAUGACUCUUUGCAAUGGAGUGGAUCUUCCAGAUGAGAAACAUGUGGAAACAAAUUCUGGCUCUGCUUCACUGACAAAGGAUAUAAAAAAUGACAUUAACACAAUUUCAGAAGAACUGUGCAUUCAGCAAAAAGAAUCUGCUGGAAUCAGUGCAGAAUCGGGGCAGGAUCCCACACCUAGCAGACCUCAAUCAGAAUCGAAGCAUGUUACUCCAGAUUCUGAGUUCAUCCCUCAGAGCACGCCAAAGUCAUGCACAACAUCCGAGGUGGACACCGCAAGUGAGGUUGAAGACUUGGAUUUUGACGUGUCUCCUGUACCAGAACCAGAGAUGAGAGUUCCUGCCAAGCUCCAGGUCUUCAUUGCACGAUACAGUUACAAUCCUUUCAAAGGGCCAAACAAGAACCCUGAGGCUGAACUUCCUCUAACAGCUGGAGAGUAUAUUUAUGUCUACGGAGAAAUGGAUGAAGAUGGGUUCUAUGAAGGUGAGCUGAUGGAUGGAAGAAGAGGGCUGGUCCCAUCAAACUUUGUGGAGAGGGUUUCGGAUGAUGACGUGAUGAGCGUUCAUCCCCCAGAAGUCAGUGAUCUUUCCCAUAAUUCCUACCAAGAGAGUAGCUUUCACAGCAGCAGUGAGAAGAAUCUCCGUCUGAGUGUGAACAGUUUGGAAAAAAAUGAACUGUGCCUUCUCAAUGAAGAAAUCACUAAUGUUACAGGGAAGGCGGACAGCCUGAUGACAAAUGGGUUUGACUUGGAUGCAGAAGAAGUAGGAGAUGAUGUAGUGCCUUACCCACGAAAACUGACUCUAAUUAAACAGCUUGCAAAGAGCAUUAUAAUAAGCUGGGAGCCUCCAUUGGUGCCAGCAGGCUGGGGUAACAUAUGGAGUUACAAUUUAUAUGUGGAUAAAGAAUUAAGACUCAAUGUUCCAUUUGGCUCACAGACCAAAGCAGUUCUUGGACAGUUGGAUGUAAGCCUCAAAGCCUACAGAGUGUCUGUACAAAGCAUUUCAGAGAAAGGAAACUCAGAUCAGCUGUGUUGUAGCUUUUUGGUUGGACGCGAUGUGUGUGUGGCUCCUACACAACUCAAAGUGGGUAGUGUCACAGCUACUUCUGCCUGCUUAUCUUGGCUGCCAAGCAACAGCAACUUUACCCACAUAGUUUACCUAAAUGAGGAGGAGUAUGAGAUAGUGAAGGCAGGAAACUAUUCAUUAUGUCUCACCAACCUAAGGCCACAUAUGAGGUACAAAGUGAGAGUGGAAGCUCGGCCAAAUCGGACACCAUGGGAGCUAUCAGUGCAUCAUCGGGAACGCAAGUGUGCCUGCACUGCAUUCGAAACUUUGAUGGCAGGUCCUCCAGAUGCUCCUUUGGAUGUACAGGUUGAGCCAGGGCCAUCACCUGGGAUUGCUUUGGUUAGCUGGCUUCCUGUAACAAUCGAUGCAGCUGGAACAUCUAAUGGGGUUCGUGUAACUGGUUAUGUCAUCUAUGCAGACACGCAGAAGGUUUUAGAAGUUGCCUCUCCAACUGCUGGGAGUGUAUUAGUAGGCCCUUCCCAGAUUCAUAUUCUUCAGGCAUCAAAGGAACUUACAGUUCGGACCAUGUCAAUGUAUGGAGAAUCUGUGGAUUCUGCAUCUGUCAAAAUACCCUCAAAGCUAUUUGCUGCUACAGCCCACUGUCCGCCUCUACAAAAGUUUCCCAGUGCCAGCAACUCCUCUGACAUAUGUGUUCACAUGGUGCCACCCUACAGGGACUCUUUGGAAACCACUGCUGCCAAAUCUUCUUUGCUUCCAUCUCUACCAGAUGCCACUGCGUCCAGUUCUGAGCAGACCCCAGAUACGUUUUUAAAUUCAAACCCAGGUGGGGAACAAGCUGAGACCUACCAAGAAGACCAGAUAUCUAUGGAUUUCAGGACUGACUCGUUAAUCAAUACAUCAUCAGAAUUCAAUUCUGUUGCAUUACAUGCAGAAGUGCAGGAUUUAGAAUUGGAACCAAUGGCUGGAAUAUCUUCAUCUAAGGACAGACUACUAAAUCCAUCCAAAGACUGUGAGAGCAGCUCUUCAAAGUACCCCACAGAUUCCUAUUCCAGGGAGGCCGAUGUGAGUUGUUCUGAAGACUUGUCAGAAAGUGUGCAAGCCAAAAAUAUAAGGGGGUUAGAUCAAGAAGAAGAAGAAGAAAAGGGAGCCAAGGCCAAUGCCAGAGUAGUGUCCAUAGAGGAAUUCCUAGAUGACUGUGAGGAGAAACAAGAGCUCACUGAGCAGCCAGGUCAAACCAAGAAUGACCUUGCAAGACCAGAAAAAGCAAAAGAGGUGUGUUUGGUAGAUGUACCUCAGCCAGUGUGUUACUCUCGGCUAAAUGAGUAUCACAAUGAUAGUAGUCGGGGUUCAGACCUCUCCGAUAUUCUGGAAGAGGAUGAAGAAGAAUUAUGUUCAGACACAGCAGGGAAUGAAGACGACAAGGAUGCAUUGUGUCAAGCUAAUUUGGGGGUCAGCGUAAAGGCUCACUCUGACACAUGGGAGACGGACAGUGAUGAGGAGAUUCUGGAGAAGAUCCUGGAGCUUCCACUGCAGACCCAUCACAACAAGGAACUUUUCAGCAUCCCAGAGGUCACUGAAGAGGAGGAUGAGAGCCUAGAUGUAGAAGAAGCUGAACAGCCAAGUAGAACCAAGAUCCAAAAUCUUUCAGUAACUGCAAAGCCUUCUGCUGGAGAGAAUCUUAGCUCCAGUCAAAACUGCAAAGUGUCAUGUAACAGAAGCCAUGCCUUUUAUGACGAGGAGCACAGUGCAGAAAACAGUUGUAAACAUAAAAAAACAGAGGAGGCUAUAAAUAAUCGCCACAAAUUACAAGAACAAGGUAACCUCCCUCUGCAGCCGGUGAAUGAUGAGAGCUUUAAAAGCCAAAUCAAGCAUGGGAUUCCUUGUAGCAGGAGCAGGCUGCAUCCUCAUAAAGAUCCAUCCUACUUCCCUACAGAUGGUAAAACUAAAUAUUUAAAGCAUUCUCAGGAAGACUUUGACUCUGACAUUUUUGUAUAUGUCAAUGACAAGGAAAACAAAUCAAGGAGAGGUCAUAAACAACAUGAUGGUGUGCCUAGAAGCCCAAGGGAUGUGGUGUCUGCAGAACUCCGCCAAACAACUUUAAAAGUAAACAAGUAUUACCCAGUGAAAGCAUCUAAGAGACAUAAUACUUCAGCAAUAAAUGGUGGGGAAAUUGAUAUAGAAUAUGGUACAGAGGAUGAUGAAGAAGCUGCAACUGAUGAUCCAUCCAUGGUUGAUGUUGUCCAGAUGCAUUCUGGUUGGCAGAGAAAACACACUGCAUCUGAGAACCUUGAAGAGACCAAGGAUAAUUUACUUCACAAUGGGCUAACACAAUCCAGUGAUAUUAAAACGGAGCUGAAAAAACAGAUGAAAAGCGAAGACACAGUUUUACAGUCAAGGAGAAAACAACAUCAUUGGCAUCAUGACAAUAGUAGUGUGGGUUCAUCUACUUUGGCUCAUCCUGCCUCCCAUUCCAGAGGGAAAGGGUGCAAAGAAAUUGGGGAUUUAGGCAUCCACGGUAAUGAAUAUGCCAAAGCUGUAUGUCGGAAAACAAAAUCUGAGCAAUCGAUGAAAGGGCAGCACUCUGACGAGCUAUAUUCACGGGAAAUUAUGGCCAAUAAUGACUCUAGAAACUUGUCUGGAUCCUUGAAAAGACUGUCAAAUGAAUUGGUCCCAAAUACCGAGCAAGUAGACAGCAGACCAUAUAAAGAGGCCCAAAGGACAGCCAGUACCCCAGAUAAACCCAUAAGCUCAGAAGUUGAGGACUAUCCUGGCGAGAGCAAUGUUCGCAUAUUUGUAGCUCUGUUUGACUAUGACCCAGCUACCAUGUCCCUGAACCCUGAUGCAGUGGAGGCAGAGCUUCCCUUCAAAGAUGGACAAAUUAUAAAGGUUUAUGGUGAUAAAGAUGCGGAUGGAUUUUAUAGGGGAGAGUCUGGGGGUCGUUUUGGCUAUGUCCCCUCCAAUAUGGUGUCUGAGAUUCUAGCAGAAGAUGCAGAAACAAAAGAGCAGGUCCUCAGGCAGGGCUACCUCUGGCCCCAGGGUACUUCAAAAAACACAGGCACUCGCUCGCACACUCAGCUUCCGCGCCGCCCUGUUCCGCCACCGAAACCCAGGCGAUCAAAAAAAGUUGAUUCUACUGGUGCCUUGAAGGAAAGUGUCAAUCCUUCUAGAGAAUCAUUUGAAUCUCAUUCUGAGGUUCCAGUAGCAACACCCAGGAGAAUGGUUGCCAUCUUUGAUUAUGACCCUCGGGAAAGCUCUCCAAAUAUUGAUGUUGAGGCUGAGUUGACUUUCAGUUCUGGUGAUAUAAUUGAAGUCUUUGGAGAGAUGGAUGAUGAUGGGUUCUUUUAUGGAAGUCUUAAUGGACUGCAAGGCUUGGUGCCAUCAAACUUCCUACAGGCUAUUCCAGAGAAUGAGGAAGUAUCUGAAGUGAUUUCAGAGGAAGGAAAGCCCCAGGAAGGUCUUCGUGAAUCACAAGUAAGCCCUGAUGCUUCAAAGGAGAAGAAUGACUCGGUGUUGGUUGUUUCCGAAGACAUGCUGGCUUCCAAUAAACAAAGUAAUGCACUAGUGACACUGUCUGAGGAUCUGGGAUGUUCAGGCUUCACGACUGGUAAUACGUAUCCACAGGCUCUGACGCCAGACAGCCCAAGUAAAGAUGAAAACUCUCUUCAAGGAAAAAAGAAAAAGGGCUUUUUUUCUAAAGGGAAAAAACUUUUCAAAAAGUUUGGUUCCAGUAAGAAGGACUAGCAAAGUACUUACAUCAUUCAAGAUGAUUUGUUUUGAUACUUGCUGCACUUAUUUCUCAUAUGUAUCAUGGAGGAUCUUAUACAUACAUACAGAACCUGAAGAAAUGUUAUUGGUAAAAAAGCCAUCAUCUGGAAAAGAUCAUGUAUUUUUAUUUAAGAAGAAGCAGGCCACAAGAAAAACUAUACAAACUUUGUAAUAUUUUCAGAAUAAAUCUGAAAUAAAAAGCCGAUUUUUUGCCUUAGACGGGUGAUACAAUCAUAGUGCACCUUGACAUAUCCUUUUCAGUAUUUAUGAAUUGAAUUGCACACGUGGACAAAUUUUCUUGGAUUAAAAUGUAAUGCUGUAAGCAUUAUUUUUACUCAUUAGGCUCUAGUCCUCAUUCUCCAGCACUAGUAACAGUACGUUUUAUAAAGCAAACACAGGAAUAAACGAGUCUAGCUGCAUGGUCUACACUGUAAAUUAAAUGUAACGUUUCCCUUUUCUAGUUCUGUAUUUAUUUAUGUAUUUACUGUAUAUGCAUGUGUAUCUUGUUUAACCCACCCUUUGUGUUUCUUCAUAGUCUCUGAAACAGAGUUUUUAUGCCAAUCUUUUGAAAUUUACUCAUGUAGAGUAGCAAUCUUUCUCAUGUACUGCAUUUUAUUAUUUAUUCAUUUAAAAUACCACCACCAGGUAUUCACAUAUGUACUGUUUCGUUAAAACUUAACACUGAAGCCGUCUUGUUGGCCUUUAUGACUUGUUCAUAUAGGAAUAGGAUUAAUUUAUUGCAGUAUUUUGUUAAAAAAACAAAAAAGAGGUGAUUUUUAUUGUACUGUCCCUCUUGUCUUAAAUGCCUAUGGGUAAAAAUGUGGCAGUUCUUUUACGUGAGUUAAUGAUUAAACCAGUGGUCUCAAACUCCAGUCCUGGAGGGCCGCAGUGGCUGCAGGAUUUCAUUCUAACCCUUUUCUUAAUCAGUGACCUGUGUUUGCUGCUAGUUAACAUCUUUGGAAAUAAUUUUAAUUGACAUGUUCUUGAAGACUCAGACCCCUAAAUUGUUUCUUUUUCCUUAAUUAGCAGCA